CACUGAGAGAGCCAUCCUUUUUGUGCUCGGUUAGUGUCUUACGGAAAAUAUGAGACACAACUAAGAAACUUAAGAAAAAUUUUAGUGUACACUAAUUUUUCUGAGUGCAACCUAGUGCAACCCUCAGUUACUCUAUUAGAGGGGUGUGCAGUCCGUGUUUAUCGUGUUUACGUGUUUACAACCCACAACCCAUGAUCACAAAAACAGAGGGACAACGGAAAAAAAAAUUAAGAAAAUAUAAAGAAUUAUAGUGACUGUUUGGUGUUACAGUUUAUUAAAUAGCAUCUGAUAUAUUCAAUUGCAUCAUUAUUAUUUAUAUUUUAUAUAAUUAAAUUAAAUUCAUACUUUAAAUAUCCAUAUUUUAUUAUUCAUUCGAUGAAAAUUAGUCAGUGAUAAAAAUAAGUAGGAUAACACAAUAUAAUAAAAAUGUGUCAGUUGCAUACGAGACAAUGUUUUAGUAAUCAACUAAAAAUGCCGCGGACAAAUUUUUAUUAUUAUAUUUUUUUAUCGUUCAGUAUUUAUGCUUGUAAAUUAAAUAAAAUUUCCUUUUAAAAUACAUCGUUAUAUUAGAUAUAAAUAAAUUAUAAAUUGGAUUUAAAUAGUUUUUAUAUGAAUUCACUUUUGGAGUAUAUUAGUGAUUGAUUUUAUUAUAAAAUCAAAUAGAUUGUUUAUCAGCAAUAUUUUCAACACUAAUUUAUUAAUCGUAUUAUUUUAAAUAAACUUCCCGUAAUUAAUUAUUUCAAUAAAAAUAUGACACUGAUAAGUGACUGUUGAUUAAAGUUGUAGGUUUAUAAAAUUCAUAAUUGUAUAUUAUACUACACAUAUCGGUAUCAACAUAUGUGAUUUGAUUACUAAGCAUUUGGAGUGCAUCAUAAGGAAAUUAUAUUUUGAUGAGGAUAUUGAACUUCAAUCACAGGAUGGUGAUUCGAUCUGACGGAGAUGGUACUGAAAGUCCACUGCUUGAAGAAGAAACAAAUUCAGUUGAUUCACCUUUAAGUCCAAAUAGUAAACAUAACCAUACUCGUCCCUACAUAAAUCCUCAUGGAAGCCAUACUCAUCAUGAUAAAACUAAAGCUCCAACUAAAUACGGAGAAUUAGUUAUUUUAGGAUAUAAUGGAUUUUUACCUCCUGGGGAUCGUGGGAGACGUAGGAGUAAAUUUGUGUUAUGCAAACGACCAGUUGCAAACGGAGUAAAACGUAGUAAACAUUAUGUAGUGAAAACUCCUCACAAUUCUCAAGCCGUACUCAAUGUUAAGCAGCAUUCGAUUUCGUACACUCUUUCUCGAACGCAGGCUGUUAUUGUUGAAUAUACCGAAGAUGAUACAACAGAUAUGUUUCAGAUUGGUCGAUCAUCGGAGCCACCAAUAGAUUUUGUUGUCAUGGAUACUUACCCAGCUACUGAAACUGGCCCGAGUAUUGAAAGUCGGAUAGCUCAAAGUACAAUAAGUAGAUUUGCUUGUCGUAUACUAACUGAUCGGGGAAAUCCAGCAAUCACAAGAAUUUAUGCAGCUGGUUUUGAUAGUUCUAGGAAUAUUUUUCUUGGGGAAAAAGCAACAAAAUGGCAAGAAAAUCGAGAAAUAGAUGGACUCACAACUAAUGGGAUAUUGAUCAUGCAUCCACGAGGUCCAUUUUGUGGAGGUGAAGCUCAGUGUGGUUCAUGGAGAGAAAUAAGCGUUGGUGGUGGAGUAUUUUCACUACGAGAAAGUAGAAGUGCUCAACAAAAGGGAAACGUUGUUGAUGAUGAAGACAACAUCUUAAAAGAUGGUACUCUUAUUGAUCUUUGUGGUGCUACUUUGCUGUGGAGAUCAGCAGAAGGCCUUGCUAAAUCACCGACUAAACAUGAUCUAGAAGAAUUAGUAGAUGCUAUUAAUGCAGGUAGACCUCAAUGUCCGGUUGGUUUAAAUACUCUUGUAAUACCAAGGAAAGCAGCAUCAGAAUCAGCACAGCAGCAACCUUAUGUUUAUCUAAAAUGUGGUCAUGUCCAAGGUUAUCAUGAUUGGGGCCAAGAAAAAGAUAAAGCUACGAGAAGAUGUCCAAUGUGUUUAGUUGUUGGGCCGAUCGUUAAGUUAUGCAUGGGUAUUGAGCCUGCGUUUUAUGUUGACAGAGGUCCCCCGACUUAUGCAUUUAACCCCUGUGGACACAUGGCUACUGAAAAAACCGUAAAGUAUUGGGAAAAAGUAGCUAUCCCUCAUGGUACAAAUGGAUAUAUUGCUAUAUGUCCAUUUUGUGCAAUACCAUUAGAAGGAGCUCCUGGCUAUGUAAAAUUGAUAUUCCAAGACAAUGUUGACUAAAAACAAACUUAAUAGCUUCUGAAAAAUAUGUAUUAACAACAAAAGUUUGAAUCAUUGUAACUUUUUAUACAAUAUAAUGUAUGACUAAAUAGAAUAUGAAAAAAACGUUUGCAUCUUUUUUAUUAUACAAGAUAGUUUGUUGAGAGAUAGAUCUUUAUUUCCU